AUGUCAGACAGCAUUAUUAUCGGUCAAUCAAUAGGAGGUGGGAAUUGGAGCGAGAAACGCGGAACGAGGGAGAGAGGAGGCUAUGACGGGACAGAGGACUGGACUCCGUCCCAUUCUGCGGAAAAAGCCUAUGCACGAAUGGGUUCUCUCUUUUUGGCUGCCGCCAAGGACGCUCUGCCACCAAGCACGACAUGGAUGCAAGGCGCUUCAUAUCCAAAUUUGACGCAAUCUAGCAAGGACUUCUUCAAAAGAGCGAGAGACCCUGGAAGAGGGGUACUUUGGAUCCGAGAGGGGAACGUGUCGCAGGGGGCUGAGAAGCCUUGCGUCACGACUUGA